CAUCGUUUAUCAAACCGACAGGAUCCAUAUUGGAAACAAAAAUUCAUCGGUAAUUUCCUUGAUUACUGUAUAGUUCGAGAUUGUAUUUAGUAAAACGUUUGUUAAUCCCACCUACACGAAUCGCAUGCCGUUGUUGGCCUGUAUAUUUACACGUCUAUUUUUAGAACAAGGAAGUUGCGUCUAUUCAGCUAUUGGUUAGUGGAGAAAAUGAAUCGAUGAAGUGGUCUCUGAUGAUCCCAAUGUACUUCUGUACAGAGGAAAAGUUGCUCGCUCUAUCGCAAGGUUAACUCAAGGGAAAAAAAAUAAAACAGAAUAGUUAUUAAGGGCAGUUUCAUGGACGAAGGACGAGGAACACAUGGGUGAAGGCUGAAAUUAAUGACAUAAAAGCACUGAGACCUGGAUGAAAACCGGAGGAGGAAGUUUGGUUAAGACGUGAAUAAUAAAUGGAUAGGUGACCAAUGUUUCAGAACUGCCUGGGCAUUCUGUGGACUUCUCUCCGCUCGUCUGAGGACAACGAGAUGUUUACCCCAUAUGAACUUCUGACCGUGUCCCUCACGGUCAACUGUUGUGUCAUUUUUUACUGUCUCGUGAUGAGAUUCCAAAACAAACUCUCCUCAAAAUGUUGCUGUGAAAAGUGCGGCAUAGUCGUAACUGUGUGUCAGACCUACCGUGCAAAGCCCCAUUAUUUGCCAAAAGUGUUGACAGAGCAGACGUUUGUUUGGGUGACGGUGGUUCUAAGUCUGACUGCCCUUCUAGGGUCAGAUAUAACGCGCUACCCUUUCAGUGGACGCUCGGAUUCAUCCAUAACUGACUUUGUGGGAAUUAUUUUAGCAAUAAACAUUGGACGAUAUAUCUACCUCAUUUCGGUAAACGUGUACCUUUACGGAGAAGGCGAGUCGUCCAGAAUAAAAACGGAAGCUGUGCAUCACGUGGUCACUAUUGUAUGCUAUUCCUUUUUCUUGGCUUAUCACCAAAAUCUGUUGCUGUCGUUGGUAGGAAUGACGAUGGAGACAAAUUCGACAAUAAUCGAAAUUUCCAAAAUACUUAAAGAAAUGGGUAAAAACCGGACAAAGUGGUACAGUAAACUGUCUUUUAUUAAUUGUGCUUUAACCGUAGUGUUCCGUGGACUGGUGCCUGUUGUGUUCUUGGUGAUAGCUAUGUUUCAUGAGACCCCUUUUGUGAUGCAUUAUACCACGUUAACGGUAUUCUUUCUGAGUAUUAUAUUUUUCUCUGUGAUAAAUGUUUGGUUAAUUUUAGCGACUAUUCAAAGACUAGUCAGGUCCUUCUGCAAGACGACAAAUGAGAUCGACAAUACGGAAACUGUUCAUGGCAUUCAAAGGGUUUGUCACUCACAUUUAACAACAAGAAACAACCUCGGCUACCUCCGCAGGUAUGACAAUAAGAAUUUGUGCAUGGUCGAUGACGAGAAACUUAACACAAACAGAAAAGAGACAACCAAAGAAAACUUUCCCAAUUUACAUUUUCUCCAAAACGGCAUGCGAGAGUUCAUUCCUCGACAAAACUAUAGGCCAGAUUCAGAAAGUGGGGAAGCUUCUUUAAACGCAACUCCGAGGAUAGUAGAGAGCGUACCGUUGGAGGAAGUCAUAGUGGAUGGCCCGCAAAACGGCAAUGUGUUACGAGAUAGUUCCGCAUCGGAUACGUCAGCAGGAGCUUUGAUAGGACCCCGUGAAUCCGUGGAGAGGACCGCUACGUGAGUAAACUCAAUCUGCAGUGGAUCACGAAUAAGAAAUGUGGGAGACGAGUCCGUCCAGCUUAAGAUACAAAGUGUGAAUGGUCAAAGGCCGAUAUGUUACAGUCAUACUCGCAAGGACAUGUUACAUUAAUUCAUUUAUUUUACAACACUAUUUUCUUAAGAAGUAUUUCUUUAUUUUCUAUAUGAUUAAUGACGCACGAAUAAGUUUCAACUCAAAUUGAAAUUUACUUAAUCUAAGUGUACUUAUGAGAAAAUAUAUAUUAAAUAUAUAAAAUGUCUUUAUAAAUUUUCUCCAACAGUCUUCAAAAUGUCCUCUCUCUCUCUCUCUCUCUCUGCUUAUCGGUUUCAGCCAUUAUUUUGUAUUGUAACCACUGGGUCGCUAAAACCUACUUUAUCCUAAUGUAGUCGAAUAACUACCCUGCUUAUUCAACUCUUUGCGAUUAAGGGUUCAGAAUACCAUGCAUGUAACAUUGUAUUGCUAAUGUAAUUAUGUCAACAACAAAAGCAACAAAGGAGCGGGAAAAGCUAUUUUAGUUACAUUUUUGAGUUGCUAAAACUACGUUGCCAAAAUAAUUUUUUGAAAUAAGAUAUACUCUCUAUGCAGAAAGAGUAUUGUUGUAAAAUACAUUAUACAUUUACGUCGUUCCUACUGCUAAAACCUUGACCAAUAAAGGUAAACUUACUCGAAUUUCUAUUCUUACGAAUAGUUAAACGCGGAAGUCUUAUCAAACUUUAAUCAAAAUUGACGUCAUAUUUCUGUAAGAUAUUUCCUAAGUGAUUCUAAGGGAACCGUCGAAGUAUUUCUGUAUUUUAGUUUGCUUUUACAAUUUGGAACCUUUUCCUGCCAGCAUUUUUAUAUUGCUUAUAAGUUUGAUUGUGAGAAGUUUUUUUUAUAUACUCUGUGGUUGUGUGUGCAUAAUUUUUAAUAAGCAAUGUAUCUUACUAUUAUGUAUAACUCAAAGCAAAAUAUUUUUAGAGAGAAAGCGAAAAUUUUGUUCAAUGUUCAUUGACAGGUUGUAGAUUUUAUUGAUUUUGCAUUGAUUUUUUCCUGUAAAUUGCUGUUUAAAUACUUUAGAAAGGGUUUCUUUCAUGUUGCUCUAUGUUUACAUUAAAGUAUACACCAGUUUUA